AUAGUAACGACUCUAUAAGUAUCUUCACCCAAACCUAUUUCGUUGAGGGAACGUUUUUACGUAUUUUAAUCAUGUUGGCUAUGAAUUAUAAUACGAUAUAACUCAGAUUUUGAAGAUGAGAGCUUUUUCUCUAGUCAAAUAUAUGUUCUGGACUCCUAGUUGUUGGUCUAAGAAAAUUUAUAUGAACUAUAUAGUUGAGGAGUCAAGGGAAACAAAUUGUUAGUAUUCUAAUAUUUGAUUGAUUAGUUUAGUUUAUAUAGUAUCGUGUUGCUUAAGAUACCAUAAAGACACAUCCAUGACGACAUCUAUAUUUUUGUGCGACAAAAUAUAUAAUAAUUUAAACCUAUCAAACAUGGAUAUUUACGAUAAAGCCACGCACUCCUCCUUCACUUUUGUACUCUUUCCUUUUACUAUAAAUAGGGAAUACUCAUGGUCCUCUAAUUAAGCAACCAUCCACACAACCUUUUCCAGAGCCAGACAACAAAAGAAUAUACACUUUUAGUUUCAUCAAAGACGAAGCUGCACUAGAAAUGGAGUUGGAUCUUGAUCUCUCUCUUUCACCUCAUACUAAUUCUUCAAAAUUCGGGUUUUGCUUUGACCUCAACAAGCAUUGCGCGACUGAGGGAAUGCUUGUUGAGGUCGUUCACUACGAGAAAACGAAACAAACGCGUUUUGAGUCGAUGUUUUGGUUGGACAAUAUGGAAGAAGAUUGUUAUGUACCAAAACCAUGUUCGUUUUCUUUGAAUGGCCAGCCAGACGAGGAAGAUGAAGAUCCUUUGGAAUCCGACUCUACUAUUGUUGACGAUGAGGAGGAAGAUGGCGAAGUCGUGGGGUGGCCACCAAUAAAGUCAUGUAUGACAAAGUAUCAUAAUUACCGUCAUAGUCGUAAUCACCCAUAUCACCAUCAUGGUAGGAGGAUCAACAUACCUAAUCCUACGGCUACAAUUAUCGGACUUAGACCGUCAUCGUCAUCAACAUCAUCACCGAGAUCAUCAAUGUAUGUUAAGGUGAAGAUGGAUGGUGUCGCAAUAGCUAGAAAGGUGGACAUCAAGCUUUUCAACUCUUACGAGUCUCUCACUAACUUCUUGAUCACCAUGUUUACUCAAUACCAAAAUUGUGAUAGAGAAGAUACAAGUUACAAAUUCACCUUCCAGGGGAAAGAGGGCGACUGGCUAUUACUAGGGGAUGUUCCAUGGAAGAUCUUUGCUGAGUCUGUUCAUCGAAUAUCAAUAAUUAGAGAUUGCCCGUGUGCAUACACACGGCUGUUGUUCUAAAAAUAACUCUUUCAAAGUAAUUAUUAUUUUGUAAUUAAAAUGUCUACAUUAUCAGAUUUCCACUCGAUUUA